AUGGCAGCUUAUCUCGACCCGAUCAACCGCAAGUUCGCUGAUGCGGCCGCUUCAGGUCCGCCCCUCUAUACCAAGACCUACGAAGAAGCUCGUGAGGUACUGGAAAGUAUCCAGAGUUACAAACUUGCUUCCGACAUCAAAAGUGAAGAGGUCCAAAUUCCUGUCAAGGGCGAAAAUGUGACAGCUGUCAUAUUCCGCCCCGCCAAUGCACAGGGUACUCUGAACAUGAUUUUCUACACCCAUGGUGGUGGAUGGAUUCUGGGAAGCCCGACCACACACGGCGCUUUGAUGGAGGAUUUAGCACGCCAGACUGGUGCUGCGGUCGUUUUCCCUUACUAUACUCCAGCUCCCGAAGCUCAAUACCCUGUCCAGUUCGAGCAGGUAUACGGUGUUCUAGAGCACUUUGUAACGAACGGCGACAAGUAUAACAUCAAGGCGAAGCAAUUUGGUCUCGCUGGUGACAGUGUUGGAGGCCACAUGGCUAUCGCAAUGACACAGCUCGCCCAAAGCCGUAGCCUUGCUUCCAAAAUCGGCCAGAUUGUUCUCUUUUACCCCGUCACGGACACAAACAGCAAAUCCGAGACAUACACGACCUUUAAGGACGGCCCGUACCUGUCUGAAAAGACGAUGGACUGGAUGAUACCCGCUUUCCUCCCCAACCAGGAAGAUCGAAAGCUCCCACUGACCUCACCUCUGCAAUUCGCCCCAGAUGAAGUUCUUUCCAGAUUCCCACCCACAACCAUUUUUGUGUCUGGCGCAGAUCCCUUGAUUGGAGAGGGAGAGGCGUUUGGUCACAGACUGCAAGGAUUAGGGGUCGAUGCGUCAGUCAUCAAGGCAGAUGGACAAGUCCAUGACUUUGUCAUGUUGGCGCCUAUCAGGGAAUCGCCUACUGCUAGAGCUGUGGUUGAGCUAGCUGCCUUGAAGUUGCUCAAGGCUUUCUCUGACAACUAA